AUGUCUGAUCUCCAAGACAAACAGACUGCGGGGAGCGACUUGAAGGCGUCGUCUGCGCCAAAGGUUUCCGUUGACCGAGUCUUUGAAACAUCAGAGAAGCUAUUUCUGGGCGGUAUCAAUUCAGACAGUUCAAGUGGAGAAAAACGAAACUCAUCUGAGAAUUCUGAGCCUGAAUAUGACUUCGAAUCCCCAGAGUUCUCUAACAUUCCCGAGCUUGUUCGAACGGUCGUUGGCUUCGAAGACGAUCCUUCGUUACCCGUAAUCACAUUUCGUUCACUACUUCUAUCGACUCUAUUCUGUGUCAUUGGAAGCGUUACGUCUCAACUCUCCUAUUUCCGAACAACUGCGGCCCCGUUUCCCGUUUUCUUCGUCAUCUUGGCUUCGGCGCCUCUCGGACGGCUCCUCGCCCGAGUACUUCCAGAUUACAAGGUGCCGCUUGGGAGGUUCUCAUUUUCUCUAAACCCUGGUCCAUUUUCCAUCAAAGAACAUGCUAUCAUUGGUAUUGCUGCCAAUGCUGGCAGUCAAGGCCAAUGGGCAACGUUCUUACCCACCAACGCGGCGCUUUACUACGGCAUCACAAUGAACCCGGCAGUCGCACUAUUUUUUGGAUGGGGUACUUCACUUCUUGGCUUUUCUUUUGCAGCAAUGGUCCGUAAGAUUUUGAUCGAUGAUCCGGAGUUCAUCUUUCCGCUUUCCCUACAGCAGGUCACACUGUACAGAAGUAUGCAAGGCAAGACGGAGCUCCACAAGAGCACGUCCAAAAGACAGAUGAAUGGAUUUUGGUGGAUAUUUCUAGGCACGUUUCUCUGGCAAUUCUUGCCUGAAUAUAUUUUCCCCUUCGUUGCCGCCCUUGCGCCUCUUUGCUGGUUUGCGAGCCAAAACCAUACUGUCAACUUCCUAGGCGCUGGUCGGGGAGGUAUCGGGCUACUCAACAUCACGCUCAACUGGUCAAACAUCACAUCUACAGUGGUCACAUUCCCGUACAGCGUUCAAGUAACCAUAUUCGUCGGCUUCGUCAUCACGACGUGGAUUCUCAUUCCGGUGGCAUACUUCGGGAAUCUUUGGGGAUCACCAACCUACAAUAUCAUGUCAAAUGGUGUCUUUCAGAAGAAUGGCUCUGCGUAUCCUUUCGAGUCUCUAAGUAAUGGUAUCCAACACGUCAAUGAAACAGCAUAUCAUGAGGUUGGCCUUGCUUACACUGGUGCCCAGUACACCUGGGAGAUAUUUAUGUGGUACGCUUCAUACAUCUCAUCUUUCGUCUGGUGUGGCCUUUUUCUAGGCCCGAAGGUUAUGAAGAUAGUACGGAAAUCAAGGAAGGCCGAGGACGAGUACCACCAGGACCGCUUGAGUCGCAUUAUUCAGCAGUAUCCAGGUCUCACCAUGUGGGAAUGGGGUAUCUUGACUGUGGUACCCAUUGGAAUCUUGCUGGUUAUUGUAGCGACGAAAUCGGUUUGGAUGCCCACUUGGACUUAUUUCGUUGCUCUCGGUUUCGGCGCUGCUGCCAUGCUUCCCAUGAGUCUGGUGUAUGCGAUGUCGGGUUACUCGAUCAAAGUCGGCUUCUUUAACGAGCUCAUCUAUGGAUAUAUGAUAGAUGUCCCAGGUUCGUCUCGGCACCCUCUUGGUCAACUUGCGUACCGCAUCAUUUCCGGCAAUGUUUGGUACGAUGCCCGCACGGUUCUGGAGGACCAAAAGAUCGGACACUAUCUUCAUUUGCCUCCCCGUCAGGUGGUCGGUAUUCAAAUCAUCGCAAAUAUGCUUGCUCUGCCCGUCAACUAUGGUGUUAUGCGCUGGGUGGUCGCGUCCAAGUUCGACUAUGUAAGCGGUCGAAUCCCAGAUCCCCAGGGACAAUGGACGGGCCAAGAGUUCAAGAGCUACAAUACCGCCGGCAUCCAGUACGCCCUAGUCGGUCCCAAGAAGCUCUUUGCUUCGUCUUUCUUCAAACCUGUUCUAUAUGGCUUUCCUGCUGGGGCAGUAGCGCCCAUUAUCAUUUGGAUGCUGCACAAGAAGUUCCCUAAGGCCCGCUUCGACCUUUGGAACUCGACAAUCUUUUUUGCCAGCGCCGCCACUUUCCACGGCAACCUGAGUACUGGGCCUCUUACCACAUUCCUUGUUGGAACGUUCUUCAACUUCUAUCUUUACCGUUACCGACGCGCCUUCUGGAACAAGUGGGCAUACAUCAGCGGUGCGGCGUUAGACACCGGAUUCAAUGCCAACUUGCUGUUCAUCUUCAUCUUUCUUGGAACGACGGGUGCAGUUAUGGUAAAGUGGUGGGGGAACAAUGCAGACAACAUUGAGCGGUGCUUCGCCUUGAAAAAGUAG